AUGCUCUCCCCAGUCCUUUCCUUCAAGUUUCUGUCCUUUCUCUUGACCGCUGGCGCGGUCGUCUCUCCGGCUUUUGCUUUGACAUACAAAGCGGCCGACAUUUCUUCUCUUCCGCUUCUCGAGAGCCAGGGCAUCUCCUAUUCUGAUAGUGGGACGACGAAGGCUUUCGAGGAUAUUUUGACGGACCAUGGGGCGAAUACUGCGAGGAUUCGGCUGUGGACGUCGGGGCAGUAUGAUUUGGAUUAUGCGCUUGCAUUGGGAAAGAGGGUGAAAGCUGCUGGGAUGACGUUGGUGGUGGAUAUGCAUUUCAGUGAUACCUGGGCGGAUCCCGGUGCACAGGCUAUCCCCAGCGGCUGGCCGACUACGCUCGACGGAUUGAACACUCAGGUUUACGAGUAUACCGCGAGCGUCGUCCAAGCUUUUGCCGACCAAGACACCGAUAUUGACAUCCUCCAGGUCGGAAACGAAAUCAACAACGGUUUCCUGUGGCCUGUCGGCGUCAUCGACGACAGCGACUUCAGUCCCGUCUCUCAGAUGCUUCACUCAGCCAUCAACGGCGCCAAGUCCGUCGCCACCCCCAAAAUCAUGAUCCACCUCGCAGACGGCUGGGACGACUCUGAGAUGUCCUGGUGGUUCUCCGGCGUCUUCAUCCAAGGCGCGCUCUCCACCGACGAUAUCGACAUGAUCGGGGUCUCGUUCUAUCCUUUCUAUAAUGCCGACGCAACGCUCACUGCUCUCACGACGUCGUUGACCAACUUGGCGAACGAUGUGGGGAAGCCGAUCGUUGUUGCGGAGACGAAUUGGCCGGAGGCUUGUUCGGGGGUUACGCUUUCGGAGCAGUCGAUUGCGGUUUCGGCGGCUGGGCAGGAUACGUGGAUCGAGGAUAUCGAGUCGGUGUUGGCGGGGCUUCCGGAUAGCCUUGGUCAGGGAAUCUUCUAUUGGGAGCCAGGUUGGAUCGGGAAUACAGCUCUUGGUUCAGGGUGUUCGGACAAUCUCAUUGUCUCCUCUUCUGGAGCGACGAGGAGUUCUGUCGAUAUGUUCACCCAUAUGUAA